AUGGCCAACCCAGGCCUCACGACUGCGCAGGCAACGCAAGCAGCUGCACGCAAGCCGCGCGUUCGCUCUCCUGCAGCUCGGCGACUUGCCUCUGGAGCAGCAGCAGCAGCAGCAGCAGCAGCAGCAGCAGCAGCAGCAGUCGGAGGAGCAGGUGUGACUGAGGAUCAGCAGGACGACGACAUGAAUCACAAUGACGAUGACGAGAAUAUCAAUGAUGAUGAUGAUGUUGAUGAUGACGACGACGACGGCGAUGAUGAUCUCGGCGACGAAGAUGAUGAUGAUGAUGAUGAUGAUGAUACAGACGGCGACGAUGAUGGAGGAGCGGCUGCUGAGCUCGACUGGUCACCGUCCAAAGACCUCGGCCUCGCACCCACCGCGCGCAACCCGCGAUCCAACGUCACGUCAGCGUCAACGCUCGCAGCUUCCCAUCGAACGAAGGCAGAAGCAGCGGCAGGCCCAGGCGCAGGCGCAGGCACAGGGUCGUACGGUCGCUUCUCAAUCGCGUCCUCCUCUUCCUCAUCCACAGCCCGACCUGCACCGGGCGCUGGGCUUCUGACGAUGGGCGCCCGUCCGUCUCCUGCGCUGCAUGCAUUGCCAGCCAAUGUCGCCGCACUGGCUCCAGGGCUGCCGGAAGGCGCCGUCUUUGCAGAUUGGGUCGUUCCUGGCUUGGGUCCCGCUGCAGUGCUCUCGUCCACUGCUGCUGCUGCGGCGUCCGCUCGACCAUCCUCCAGUCGAUCGAAACGAAACAAUAACGCAGGCGCCUCGAGUUCUUCAUCGGUCUUGAAACAGCCCUCCCAGCUAAUUGGCGAGUUGCAACUGCCGCAGCAGCAGCAGCAGCAGCAGCAGCAGCAGCAGCAGCAGCAGCAGCAGCAGCAAGCAAGCUCUGAACCAGCCACCGACGACGUAGCUGAACUCAUUCCUUCAGCACUGAACAAACUGGCCGCCAUGCUGUCUGUUGACAAUGUCGUGCAGAGCACGAGACAGCAAAUCACCAACGUUCUAGUCACCAACCUACCUCCCGGCACGGAUUGCUCGGACGAGGACGGCGAAUAUGUGUCGGCAGAUGAGCAAUUUUCUGCUGCCACUUUGGCCCGCGGUCAGGUGCGCGAGUCGCUUCGAUCUGCACUCAUGCGAUCUGCCUUUGUCAACUCGGAGGAGAUUUGCGAGUUAAGCGACAGCAGCGAAGACGAGGCAACUGUGCUGCUUGGCGCUCCCACAAGCGUGUCACGUCCUCUCCCGAUGCAACUUGCUGUUGGUGGCCAAACAUUCCGCACUCGUCGGAUGCGCACUGUGGACGACGCUCUGCGUGCACUCCACCCGACAGCGUUCGACACCGAGUCUGACUCGGACAGCGCCGAAGAAGCAGCAGAAGACCUGCAACCGACAGCGGAAGAAUACCGUAUUAUGCUGCGGCUGCACAAGAUGCAAAAGCGCAUGUCGCGCAACGCUCUCCGAAACCCACGCUCGUACGCCCCCGUGCACCAGUACUCUAGUCUGUUUCUUCGCGGCUCGGCUGGCGCCAUCGACGACCCGCGUCUCUCCAACAAGCUCAAGUUGGAGCGCGACAUGCUCGACAGUGAAAUCCGCCACCGAGAGGAAGCGCAGCGUCGCAAGGAUGCAAUCGUCCGCCGCCAGCGCGACGCUGAAGAGCUCAAGCAACGCCGAGUGCAGGAGCAGGAGCAAAUUCGGCUUGCCAUUCAUCAGCGCGUUGCGAAUCGGUUUCAACGCGCUACUGUCGCCACAGCUGCCUCCACCGCGUCGUCGUCGACUGGACAGCACGAGCUACCUGCCUUUCUCGAAGGGUCUGACGACACUGAGCUCGUUACUCGGCGUCACAUUUGGAUGUCCAUCGCCUUAAAUCAGGUCGUCCCCGCCCAUGCCUUGCGCGCCAGUGCAGUGCAGGCGAGCCGCAGUCUUGCCCAAGCCACUGCGCGGAUGGUUACGAGUCGCAUGCAGCAAGAGAAUGCUCGGGCUCAGCGCCAGUUCAAAGAUUCCAAACUGCGCGCCCGCCGACUCAAUCGCGAGAUGUUUUCGUUUUGGAAGAAAAACGAGAAGGACGAACGCGAGUCUCGUCGGCGGGCUGAGCGCGAAGAGAUUGACAAGCGCAAGAUGGAGAUGGAAAUGCGCGAGCAAGAGCGCCAGAAGCGCAAGCUCAAUUUCCUGUUGACACAAACGGAGCUUUAUGCGCAUUUCAUGAGCAGAAAACUACAAACCAACUCGACGUCAGAAGAUGAGAUUCUCUCGAGAUUGAACGCGCCCACUGAUCUUGACUCGAAAAACCCAGAUGGAGAUGUCAAUGCUCUUCGAGCUCAGGCGCGGCAACACGCUGAAAAUGCCUAUCAAAGCUCUCGAACAGCGACCGAGCAAUUCGACACAGAGUCUCAGCGCCUGCGCCAAGAGGCUAGCGAAGACGACGAAUUGAGCUUGGCAAAUCCUCGCAUCGCGGAUUCGUCCCUGCUCUCAGCUCCUUCCAUCCUUGUGGGAACCCUCAAGUCGUACCAACUCAAGGGCAUGAGCUGGUUGGCAUCACUCUACGACCAAGGCAUCAAUGGCAUCCUUGCCGACGAAAUGGGCUUGGGCAAGACCAUUCAAACCAUUGCGCUCCUCGCUCAUAUUGCCGAGAAGCACAACACUUGGGGCCCGUUUUUGAUUGUCACUCCUGCGUCAACGUUGCACAAUUGGCAGCAAGAAAUUGAGAGGUUUGUACCCAGCUUCAAGGUGUUGCCUUACUGGGGUCACGCCAACGACCGCAAGGUCCUUCGAAAAUACUUUAACAACAAGCUCUUGUACACCAAAGACGCUGCGUUCCAUGUUCUCGUGACAAGCUAUCAAAUGAUUGUGUUUGAUGACAAGUACUUCCAGAGGGUCAAGUGGCAGUAUAUGGUUUUAGACGAAGCUCAGGCCAUCAAGAGUAGCGCCAGCGUGCGGUGGAACACCCUCCUCAAAUUCAACUGCCGCAAUCGGCUUUUGCUGACCGGCACUCCAAUUCAGAACAGCAUGACCGAGUUGUGGGCUUUGUUGCACUUCAUCAUGCCCUCCGUGUUUGACUCACACCAAGAGUUCUCAGAGUGGUUUGCCAAAGACAUUGAGAGCCAUGCCGAGAACAAAUCUGGCCUUGACAAAACUCAAUUGUCGCGAUUGCACAUGAUUCUCAAGCCGUUUAUGCUGCGUCGCGUGAAGAAGGACGUCGAGAAUGAGCUCGGUGAAAAGAUUGAGCUUCUUGUGCCGUGCUACUUGACUUCGCGUCAGCGACAACUCUAUCAGGGAUUGCAGUCCAGACUGACGGUCGACGAGCUGCUUUCCACCUCCGCGCCUGGCGGCUCGAGCUCAUCACAGCGUGCCCCCGAUCAACAACAUCUAAUGAACAUGAUUAUGCAGUUCAGAAAGGUUUGCAACCAUCCCGAGCUGUUUGAGCGUCGCCGUCCACGCUCCCCUUUCCAGUUCCAAGCGCCUUUGUUUUCGGUGUCGCAAGUGGAUGACGGCACGCCACGCACCUUCAAGUACGGCGAAGCGCCCGCCGUCGAUGUUGGCGACGUCAAUCGCAACGCAAUCUCCUUCUCCAUUCCAAAGCUCGUGUAUCGUGAAUCAUUGCUACUACCAUCCAACGAGCACUUGCGGACUUGUGCGCUCCGAUUCAACAUUUUCCAUCCGACCAAUGUGCAUGCGUGCAUGCUUGGUGUCAAUGACCAACGAAUCGACCGUGACGUGCACAACAAGCCCACGAGUCCACGACGCUGGGUGCGCACGCACUCGACAUCUCGAUCGGGAUUCUCUUUUGUGCGUUUGAUGCGCGUGUCGCAUUCAGACCUGCUGAUCGGACUGGGCCCUGCGGAGGUGUUCUUGUGCGAUGCGCUUCGCCAGCAAUCUCGACGUGAAGUCUACGACCCCGAAGUUACUUUUUCCAACAGCAUUGAGCUCGUACCAGUCGCAACACGGCUCCUGCAUUGCCGCGGUGAUCAAGCCGCACAGCUGCAGCUUCCCCUUCUUGUGUUCUCAACAGAGUACAAGAACUUGCUCUCCAUGGGGCAUUUCGGAUCGGAUUUGCAGUUCUGGAUGGCUCCGGCUGUGGCACGUCCUGUCGAGUUUUUGUGCUCGGACGCGUCCUUUGUGCGCGAUCGCAACGAGAUCUUGCGUUCUCCGGGCGUGCAUCGCCUCCUUUUCGGACCCACUGGCGUUCGUUCAAUGAAUGAAGCUCGCAAUCGACUCGACCCAAGCGGACCAGUUCUGAUUGGCCUGCCUCGUCUGCCCGUGGAACGAAAUUUCGCCAGCCGUCCACUUGUGGAUGGGGGCAUGAUUGACCGCUGCUUGUUCCAGCUCCGGGAUCCUGUAUCGUCCGAGUUGCAACUUGCUCGCUUGGGUUUGGUUAACAACUCGGUUCCCAGACCGGUGUUUUCGCACGUGUCCAUUCCAGACCGAAGCCGCCUCAUUACCGACUCGAUCAAGAUGGUCGUGCUGGACAAGUUGCUGACCAAGCUCAAGGCAGAGGGCCACCGCGUCCUCAUCUACUCACAAAUGACCAAGAUGAUUGAUCUUCUCGAAGAGUUUAUGAACUUUCGGUUGCAUCGCUAUGUGCGCCUGGAUGGCCAGACGACGAUUGAGACGCGCAACAACAUGGUGUCGAACUUUCAGACGCGCAGCGACAUUUUCGUCUUCCUGUUGUCGACACGCGCCGGCGGCGUUGGUAUCAAUCUGACCGCCGCCGACACUGUCAUUUUCUACGACAGCGACUGGAACCCAACUGUUGAUCAGCAGGCCAUGGACCGCUCGCAUCGGUUGGGCCAAACUCGCCAAGUCACUGUCUACCGGCUGAUUGCCAAAGGCACAGUCGAGGAGCGCAUUCUUGCCCGAGCGAGGCAGAAGAGCGAGAUUCAUAAAAUGGUCAUCGCUGGCGGACACUUCCGGUCUGAGCCGAAAGCCAACGAUGUCGUUUCAAUUCUUUUGGGCGACGAACAAGACAACCAACAGCUGGUCACUGACGCGGUGGAGGGCGAUUUGCUCGAAGGUGCGAUUCAGCUCGAUGCUUUGCCGGAGGCGCCAGACACGUCGGCCGAAUCGCUGGCUGCCAUGAACGGAGCUUGGAACGACGAGGGUGCUGCCGAGGGGUUGGAGCAGCUUGCCAAUCCUUCGAAAAAGACACGGCGUCCUCGCAAACCACGCGCACCAGCUGGCGCGGCGGGCGCACCGCGGUCUCGGCAGAAACGUCGCCACAAGGAUGACGAUGGAUCUGGGGAAGAGGUUGUUCUGCAGCCGUCGAAACGCAGUCGCCGUGCUGGUCCUUCCGCUGCGUCGUCCAACAGCGCUUCCAUCAUUCCGCCACUCACCAUGCAAGGCGAUGUCUUGGACGACAAUGACGAUGUUGACAUUACCGGCUUUUAAAGUAUCAAGCGUUUUUUUUCUUUUUGUUGUAAUCGUCCAUGCCUGUAACAUUAGGAUUCAAUUUUUAUUUCAC